GUGCGGUGGAAAAAGAAACGCUCACACUCUCCAAGUGUCAUUCUCAGUCGCGCGGCAUUUGGUGGAGCUGAGGAUCCAGACUGCCUUCCCUGCAUGGAGCUCGCCGGCACUUUUAAUUGACUUCAUGUUCCUCUUCAAAGCUCUUGAUGCAACUUUCGAUUUGCGUCGGUUUCUGCUGCUGCAACGGGACUGAUUUAUCCAGACUAUUUAUCCAGAGUCAAGGGGCACCGGGCUCCGGUGAUGCGGACAGAGCAUUGUGAUCCGAUAGCAACGCAGCUCAAACAGGACCGAGGGAAAACUUAUUUCAUGGAUUGAUUGGUGCUACAGUUUAUCUUUUUUUUCAAGGAAAAAUCUGAAGGAUUUGAAGGGUUUCGAACAUUGACGGAUUAUUUUAAAAAAGCGUGGAUUUUCAGAAGGUGCGCCCCGGUAUCGGAGGAGUUGUAUUAGGGCAUAAUUUUAGUUAAUCCUGGGUCAACGUUCACCUUUAUUAGGCGGACGAAUACUCCUCAAAUUCUGGAUUGCAAGUCAUCUUUCCUGUCCCUGAAGACACAAUGAAGUCCAUCACCAUGUGGAAUUACAUUCAAGUCCUUCUUCUGUUGUUAGAUCGAGCCGUGCCCUCCUGGGGGGGCUCCUCCUCUGGUGCGCCAGGCCUGGCUCUAUCCGGUCCGGGCGGGGACGACGCAGCGGUGCUGCUCAGCCCUGGCCCCCCCCCUCAGCCGCAGUGGGUGGACUGCGUGGAGGCCGCCGAAAUGUGCAACCAGAACCCCCACUGCAGCUCCCGCUACCGGGUGAUGCGGCAGUGCCUGGUCGGCAAGGAGAAGGACUCCAUGCUGGACACCAACCGGGAGUGCCGCGCGGCGCUGGAGGUGCUGCUGCUCAGCCCACUGUACGAGUGCCGCUGCAAGAGGGGCAUGAAGAAGGAGCUGCAGUGUCUGCAGAGCUACUGGAGCAUCCACAUGGGACUCACUGAAGGUGGCGAGUUCUACGAGACGUCCCCCUACGAGCCCGUGGCCCCCGUCCGCACGCCGGACACCCUGCGCCUGGCCUCCAUUAUCUCAGGGAUGCACACGGCGGUGGCCCCCAGCCGCUUCCAGUGCCCGGACGCCGACAAGGACUGCAACCCCUGCCUGGACGCAGCCAAGGCCUGCAACUUCAACGCCGCCUGCAAGAAGCAGCGCUCGGCCUACAUCGCCACCUGCAACAGCUCCGGCAAGAGCGGCGGCGGCGGCGGCGACGCGGCCAAGGGCGGCGAGACCUGCAACAGGAAGCGCUGCCACAAGGCGCUGCGUCAGUUCCUGGAGCGCGUGCCGCCCGAGUUCAGCCACCAGCUGCUGUUCUGCCCCUGCCUGCACGGGGGCUGCGCCGAGCGCCGGCGACAGACCAUCGUCCCCGACUGCUCCUUCAAGGACAGGGUGAAGCCCAACUGCCUGGAGCUACGCCAAGUGUGCCGCCAAGACCCGCUCUGCAGGUCAAGACUGGCCGAUUUCCACAUGAACUGCAUUGUGACUCAGCACACAGCGAGCAGCUGUCCCAACGAAGACAAUUACCAGGCCUGCUUGGCCUCAUACGCCCGACUGAUAGGGACGGAGAUGACUCCAAACUAUGUGGACAGCAGCUACUCCAACUGGACCGUCUCCCCGUGGUGCAGCUGCAGAGGCAGCGGCAACCAGGAAGAAGAAUGUGUGAACUUCCUGCGGGACUUCACCGACAAUACGUGUCUAAGAAAUGCCAUCCAGGCCUUUGGAUACGAGGCGGACAGUGCGCAGAACAAAGAGGGCUCUAUUCCGGGGCCCUCGGCGACAGCGAGGCCUGGGCCUGAUGGGUCAACGAGCAGCUCGGAGCCCCACUACAUCCCCAACGACGUCCAGCCAGGGGAGGAUGUCCUCGGCAAGUCUCACCUGGAGCCCGUCAGUGGUUACGGUGGUCUGAUCCGGCAGCAGGACCAGCCCGGCGACGGCUCAGCCAGUCUGAGGGGCCCCUGGGCACUGGUCCCGGGCCUUGUCUUGGCCCUCGUCCUGCUGCAGCAGGCCGUAUAGAGUGGCCGGAGGGGGGGGGGGGGGGUCGGAGUGUCGGAGUUCAUCCACUACGCGCUGAUCCCGGGAGGGUUGACGAAGAGGAGGGCGAGCGGUGUUGGCCAUUGAUGAAGGAAUAUGACAACCACUGACGAAAAACAGAAGCGAUGGAAGGAGAGGACGGACGCAGGUCAAGGAAGGUGAAGGUAUAGCAGAAGCGGACAUUUUGAGACCCGAUCAAAAAAAGAAACCCCAAACCAACGUAAUCUACUCAUUUCUUUUUGUGUUUCUGUGAGGGCAUGUCGAUAAAAAAAAUAAACAACGCACAGGAGGAGGCGGAGUCUAAGGACAUAGGGACUGGGAUUGGACCCCCAGGGGGGGGGGGGGCUUCCCCCUGAGACUGAAAGCCCUGAGACUAUAGCCCUCUGACUGUGGAGGCCCCCCCCCAGCAGGGCGGCCCCCCCACCACUGCACUCUCGCUGCGCCGGAAAAGGCAGUGGGGGGAGGGGAGGGGAUCAAUUAAUAAUUAGGGGAAGAGAGAAUGGAAAGUGUAUUGUAUAGUGUAAAAAAAGAGAGAGAAUUAGGACUAACAGUGUGGGGGAGGGGGGGCUGGAUGAAGUACUCCGGCUAUUAGAAGCACUUUUUUCAUCUUGAAUCGGAAUCUCGACGAAAAUUGCAUUGGAUUAAAUUCUGUCUCUUAAACACUAACGUAAACUCUCAAAUGUAAAGCCUACUCCUUGUUCUCCGUGUCGGUAUAGUAUCCGUGAUCAUACUCUCUAACCGUGGUUUGGCUCAUUCGGGUCUGGGCUAACAGUCUAUUUUUUCAGCAGGAUUUGAAAAAUAAAUGUAAAAGGGCGCGAUAUCAGUUUAUGGUUCUCAUGGAGGUGUCCCUUGUGUUCAUAUUUGGCGGGUGAGGGCGCUAUAAGGCCACCCGCAACUGUGUAUAUUUUAUGUCCCUGUACAUAGAUAAAAAAAACGUUUUUGUUUGUUUUGAUUUGUUUUCUUUCAUUGAAACUAAUGUUAUCUGCAGUACUUUUAUGGACAUUGCUGUAUGUCAUGUGACAGUAUUACGGAUGAGUGAUUGGGCUCUAUCCAGAGCCUUCAUUAUCUGCGUUUCUAUUUGUCCAUGAAGGUUGGAACCACAAAGAAUGUAUUCCGGGAUGAAAUUAAACGAGCGCUAAUUGCUUGGAAAAGCCAUAACCUGUGUUUGAGUACCUCUGGAGAGUCCCCUUCGAGCACUUCACGGUUAAUGGUCAGGAGGAGAGAACGCUUCAGCCACACAAUGACAUAACAGACGGGGGGUUUUAUUUACUGCCCUCAGAGAGCUAAGGGGCUACAUCAAUGUUGACAAUUGUUCCGGUUUGAUUACACGUGCGGGUUAAGGUUUCAACCUGCAGAAAAUCCCCCUAAUCCCGAGAACCACCACACCACAACAAUAACAUCAAACCGAUGGGUUCCCAAGCCAAACUUGCCGAUAAAUAGUCAGUAGGCCUAUUUCAAUAAAGCUUGUUAUGAAUGCAUCCUUAUUUACAAAACGUAGCUCGAUUCUCUCCCUCCUGGGGUAAUGUGAAACUCCUUCGGCGUCCUCCGUGCUAAUUAGUUUACUGUUCCUCGGAUGGCUCCAUUUGUGCGUAGGCCGACGGCUACUACAUGUUUACGCUCCGAAGCAAAGCGCUCAUUGCGGGCAGCAAGGCGACUGCUGGAGCUGCAGCAGUCAGAGUCCGAAGGCGUGCAGUCGCAGCAUCGUGAGCGCGGAGCUCCUCACGGCGUGGGCCGGUUAAGACGCCGGCUUACCGGCUGCCGCUGCUCUGGGAUCAGAUCUAAACACUUUCUGUGGCAGACAUAACAGAAACACCGGAGCUGAGAUCUAAACAAGGUGUCAGUGUGUCCCUCAUUAGAGACGCUGUUCCGUGUUUGCGGUCGCUGGGAAAACCAAACAAAAAUCGGCGAGAGAGGAACAAAGCAGGAUGUAUAAACAGCCAUUUUGUUCAGUGGCUCUCCCCCUGGCAGAUGGAGGCGUUUGUAGUUAAAUAAAUAUUUAUUUUGCAUUGGGACAUACUAACAGAACAUGUAACACGUUGAAUGUUGAGAAUUGUUCAGAGAUGCUGUGACAUGACAUGUAUAAAUAUAUUCCAACUCUGUGUAAGACAGGAAUUGUUAUCGCUAAAAUAUAAAUAUUAUUUUGACAGAAUAUUGAGACGUUCAUGGUCAUUGCCAAGUGUGAAGAUGAGCACAUCUUCCUUUUACCUUCAAGAGCAUGUUGUGAAAAUAAAAAAAUACAGAAAUUUGAA